AUGGCUCCCAUCCCGGAGGCCUAUUUUCCGUCCCUGGACAAGUGCUUCUCCGGGGACGUUCAGCUUCUGUCCUGGAAGAGAGUUUUUCUCUAUACAUGCAGCCCUAGAAAUCAUGAUGGCGACGUGGGAGGUCUGCAUGCAUUUCUGUCGCAUCCAGAGAGCGCCCGUCUGCUUUCCCAAUGCCCGAACCCAUUCCCCCCUCCCUCCGCGAAAUCCAAGUCCGAAUUCGAAUCAAAGACUGCUGCAAUACAUGCUGAAACAACGACUCAGAGUUCAUAUGAUCUGAAGGAAAUAAAAUCCGAUGCUCUGUGGUUGAGUCAGAAAGCGAACAUCGACGAGAUUACCGCGCUGCGCAUCACAGUUCUAGAGUGGCAGAGCCGCCCUUCUACGCGCCUGUUGACAAGUUUCUCUGAGGAAGAAGCCACGAGUUUACAAAGCGCCGCCGAAGUUGAUAAUUUUCGAGUUUCCACAAUAGCUCCGAACUUCAGUCGGACAUUAAGGCAGAAUGCGGACCGCGACCGAGCUUCUGAUUUUAAUUCGGAGGAAUAUAGGCGACUGAGAUUGAGCGAGCUUUAUCUCUCUGAGAGAUGCCAUAUUCUGAAGACAGCGCGCAAGCUUUUGAGCUUCUCUUUACGAGACAAUAUUCCGAAUAUCGAAUCGCCCUCUCCUAGAAGACGCGGAGACGACAGGCUGGCAUCGUUGUCCAAAGUUGCAGCGACAAUUUUCAAAAGAAAAUCUAUCGGCGCCGAAUGGUCUCAGUUUCUUGGCGACUGCAUUGAUGCUACGCGCAAUCGGCUUGCAUUGCUGGGAGGAGAUGGUGGCUGGCUAGGAGCCGACGAAAGCAACGAGGACGUGGAAAAUUUAUGGCGUACUACGUUCGUUGAAGAGAUCUUGCAUAUUUUGCAGCUUCUCUUCCUUGAACUUCAGGCGUCGCCGGCCAUCCCAAAUUCUAAGCUGCUACUGUCCUGGCUUCGUCUGAUGGCCGAGUAUAGCUUCCUGGAGUCAUUACAAGCACCGUGCGCAGAUCCUGUAGAAGUGCUCCUGCCUUUGCGUGUUCUUGUGUCGACGAUAUCACUCGCAUUGUUGAAGCUGCCCCUUACAAUGCCCUUCAUAGUGAAUAGAACUGAGCCCGGGUCUCAAGAGCCUGCUCAGACACCUUACUUUCUUUCAAAACCUGAUAUCUCCGAGAUAAACGGGAUCUUCCUCGAUGCAUGUGAGAGUUCAAGAACUGCAAGCACAGCAGCAUUCUCGUGGGGCCUGGUUUUGAACACUAUGCGAGAACUUGCACUCAAGGACAGAGAACACUUGGAGCUCGAGCAGUUACACAGUGCUGUCGAUUCGUUUCAGUCCAACACUCCUAAUGCUACUCCGACUCAUUCGGAACAGUCAUUGUACGAAGAAGCACUCGAUUCUGCACGGACUCCUCAGUACACCGUUGAUGAUGCGAUCUCACUUCUAACCUGUGAAUCAGUCAAAGACCGUGCAUUUGAUAUCAUGGUCGCUAUAGCCAGCAAGGCCGGGCAAAUGUCUGCUAUAGAUGAUGACUUGACAGACCGGUGGAUUCGCGUAGCGCUCUUGGAUCUCAUCCGAGUUUCCGUGGUCUACCUGGAUUAUUCGACGGAGAUCGUUCAGUCCGUUUUAGCAAUCCUCACCGGGUCUCGUCCUGACUCUAAGUGGUACUCGGAACUCUGUCUGACACCUGCAAGCGAUCCUAGAUGUCUCUUUUUGAAGGACCCUAUCUUGAUGGACUCCAUAUUCCGCGUGGCACGGUCCCGAUUCCCAUAUGAAACAACACCAUUCUUGAAGCUCUGCCGCGCUCUUAUUUGCAAGGACACGGUCAAUGAAGAUGGCCUCCCAGUGAUAGUCGAUGAGCUAGAGAACAUGGACACGUAUACACAGGUGGUGUCGUCCGACUUUCAAGGGUAUGAAACUAUCCGGGAAGAUGAAAAUGCAAAUUUUGUCUCUCUUCUCCAGCCGCUUCCGAUGUUCGAAUCCAGCACAAAGCUGCUGUCCGAUUACGAAGCCAGCAGUGCCUUAGUCGUCACAGGGGCAUCCCAAAUACCGCCUGCCACCAUAGGCCAGGUUGUGUCCGAAUCGCGUCCGGCCGUAAUAAUGUGGCAACACCAAUAUUCUUGUUUGAGUUAUCUAGGAAGCCGGUUAGAAGAGUUGAGUGAAGCUAAAGCACUACCGGAAUGGGAUGAGGAUUCCGCUGCGGAUAUUAUAAUGCUACUUGCUGAUAUUAUUGCUCCAAUUGAAGGCGGAACAAGGCAUAGCAACGUUGGGUCCGGUGGAAAGAAAGAACUGGAGAUUGUGAGCGACGGCCUUCAUCGACAGAACGACAUUAUUUCCGUUAUAUACGACAUAUUUGAGCGAAACCUUCAGAAUGUCGGCUCGAGGGCCGGCGAGGGAACCUUUGGUUCGACGAUUGCCUGCCUGCAGUUCAUCCGCAAUCUCACUGCGGUUUUACCGAACAGGGUAUGGCCUUUGCUCGCACGAAGUGCCCUGCUUGGAUCCGAUGGAACAGGCAGCGCCAUGACCGCGAUUGUCUCUGCAUUGGAGGUUGCUUCAGGAGACUAUCAAUUUCUCCUUAGCUGCAUUGGCUUGUUCCAAGCUGUUGUUGAAGAUGCUGCUUCACAUGCGGCGAUGAGGAAAAAUCCGAACAGCGUCACGACCAAGUCGGUUGCUGUGUCCGACUGGAGCGCCGGCGUUCCUGCUCAUGUUAUGCGGAAUAUCUUGCUCAACUUCGUCCGGACAAUGGUUGACAUUUACAACAGCAACGUAAAUUGGAGGUUCAAUGACCCUGGACAAAGAUUUAGAAUAAACACUACGCUUGCGACGACAUUUGAAAGGAUUCUUUAUUACGCUUACGGCGCAAACAACACCACUAACUUGGAUGCAAAGGUAACGGGGGUUUUCUCGUCCUCCGCGCAAUACCUAACGGAUGUCCUGCGACCUCGCUCCACGGAUGACCUACCUUUUAAUCCAAUCAUCCGGCUCGUUGUGGAUGGUCUGCAAACUCCCUCUACUCUAUACCUCAGGUACCUCACGCUUAUGACAAGGCAAGUGAAGUCGACCUUGAAGCUUUCGAUUAAACUGGUGCAGGUAGCGCAGCUUAUGGAGUAUCCGGUCUCGCUACUAGAAGAUCAAUUGUUUAAGGCUACUCCAGUUCUCACCAAGUUAUAUGCCAUGUACGAUGAGUAUCGGUUGCCUGUAGUAUCACUUUUGGAUAUUCUGGUUUCAAGUGCAGCUUCAGAUACGGCGAAAGAGCCACCAUCGCUGGUCGGCCAUCUCGGUGCCGAAUCAUCUUGUCUGUUCCUCGAUUUGCUAGCCCAGUUCGACAAGCCAUUCAAUAACCGACCACUGCUACUUGCUAUAUGGCAAUUAGUAUCGACCUUUGUCAGCAAGCGCCAGCAAUGGCUUGCCGUGUAUAUCCUGACGGGAUCGUCUCCUCGACAGUCAUUGAAGAAGGCCGGCUCAGAGAAAGCCCCGGAAAUGAGAGGUGUCGCAUUCUUGCAGACGGCGCUUGAUACUCUCUCACACAUGGAACAGGUUGAACCGCAAGUCGCACUGGCUAUGCUUCAAUUUAUCUCUCAUUCGCAGGAGCACUGGCCAUGGGCCACUCCGGAAUUGAGGAAGCACCCUAAUUUUCUUAAUGGUGUCAUAAGUCAUGUGUCCAAGAUGAAGAUAGCAACUCUGCCUGUGAUGGACCAGAUAUUCGCGACGCGGACCGCAGCGGUCGUUGCAGAUCUUUGCGCUGUCUAUUUGCACUAUGCCAAAGAGGCACACGAUAAGUCUUUUUCCAAGAUGCUUAUCCCAUUGGUGUUCUGGUAUGCCAAGGACGCAGUUGAAGUAUCUGGUUAUAAUGCAUCUCUGCACGCUAAUCUGAAGAAAAAUUUUGAAAUGAGAUACUCAGGAUGCAAGCUAGCUGACUUCAAGAGGACGUCACUUGAGCCUCGCUCGCUGGGGCCCAAUUACUAUUACGAUAUCGGCUUGGGCGGGAAACUGCUUUCGUAUGAUUUUGCCUGGGCCGGAAACCGAAGUCAAGGGUUUGCAGAGGAGUUCGAACGAGCAAAUAUUAACUUGUCUCUUGUCGAAGCGCAAGUGAGCCUUCUUCAUAGUUGGAAAUUCUUCGCCAUAGAGCACUGCGCGGAUUUCAUGGCGGAUCGUGAAAUCCAAAAGUCGAUGGCUUCGGUAGUACGGCAAUGCCUGGUUGCAAAUACUCGAGGUGUUCCGCAAGAAGCGAUUUUCGAGAGGAUACAGCAGGUUCGACUGGAUUUUGCUCGGGCAUUACUCCAGCGCCUUGUGGAGAUUGGAGCAAAGGGCGCCGAAGUCUUCGGUCUGCUUGGGGCCGUGUGGGAAGCGAUGCUCGCUCGCCACUCUUCAUAUGAAGAUGCCCUUGUCAAUGACGAUACAGAAUACUACCGGUCUCUUCUAAACGUACUCUUCCUUGCUCUGCAGUUCCACGUCAAUACGCCAUCACGCGCGGCCCCUGAGGUUGUCACCAAGAAAGCAGAAGUUUCAUCAGACCUGAACCAGGUGACUGAGGUGGUGAAGACAGUUGUGGCACAGGGAUUUAAGUCACUGACAACUUACCUUCAUGACCAACCGCACAAAUGCACGCCAAAGGACUUCGCCAUCGUGACGGCGAUUCUCCAGAGCUGCCUUCAGGUAAAGAAUGUGGACCGGAUAUUCGGGCACAUGGCAUUCCACAUUGAAGACAACGAUGCGGCUAGAUACGCAGCGACGCUAUUUUCAUGGUCUGAUCAGCUUGCCAUUGAUGGAGACCCUGUAUACGGUGAGCUGAGUAUUUCUUUCCUGGUGAAGCUCUCAUCACUGCCCACACUUGCGGAGUACCUUGCAGUGGAAGCGAUUUUGGCGCAGCUCUCCACAUGCCGCUUGACGAACAUCCUAUGCCAGCAGCCAAAAGGAUUUGGGCCAUUCGACACCACGCCUAGGUUGUACUCUAUCUGGACCACGGGCUUUUUACCCUUAUGUAUGAACCUUCUCUACCACGUCAUUCGAACUGCGCCCGAGGUAGCUGCCUUCCUCAAUCAAUUUGAAGGACAACUUGCUCGGGCCUCUAGUUCUUUUGCGGCUACCAGCCGCGUAACCCUUGGGCCCGGUGCAGCAGUCAGCCAGCAGAUCAGUCUCGGUAUGGCAUCAGAGGCAUAUUCUCUGGCAUUGAUAUCCUUCAUAUUGGACCGGUUGCGAGAAGCGGGACCCAGCGCGGGUGUGGAUGGCAAUUCCAUCCAGGAACUCAAGUGGGACAAGACCCAGGUCAAAGAAGACAUCGAGGCGUUACUGGAACGACGAUCAGCGCUGCGGGCAAGAAUCGUGGCGACGAGCGAUAAGGAGGCGGAAAUGGCCACACAAAAGCCCGUGCAGGCAUCGUCUGGAGCGGAGAAUCGGCUUGAGGAGAAGCUGGUCGGACAACUGAGAGCAGCAUUGACCUGUCUGGGUGGAGAGGAGGCAUGAUCACGACGGUGUUGAGAGGGUUACUUGAUAUCAUAGCGCAGUUUGAUGUGAAUGCAUGGUGCAUAUAAACGAUGGAGUUCCUUUCCCGUAUAGAGUAGCAGUAGGGAUGCUCUGAUGUGGGCUGCUUCAUCCACCUUCAUCUAUCUUACAUCACACGUAUAUUACUGCUUAGUGCUGGUUGGAUUUUUCGAGAUUUCGGGACCCACCGCACGUCGCUAUUAAAAUAAGCGGAAUCGUCGAAGAUAAACCAGAUCGACGCGCUGGAGAUCGUGAAACUUAAG